CAGGCCCAGGCCUCCUGGAGCAGCUGGGCCGCGUGGAGCGGCGUCGCUGCAGCCAGUGCCGAAGCUUCGACGCGCGCGGCACGCAGGAGCUGCUGCUCGACGCCUCCCUGCGCGAGCGGUUCGCGAUGCCGCUGCCGCUGCCGGCGGCGGAGGCGGAGGAGCUGCGGAGGGAGCUCGGCGCCUGCUACAUCGAGGGGGCAAGCCGCCAGCGCUGGGCCUGGUCUGCGGGCGGACCGCCGGGCUGGAUCGAGUUCCGGCCCAGGGGCGUGCUCUGGACCAAGGACGACGGCGUGGGCGCAUGGGAGCCCCUGCGCGAGUGGGACCGGGGCACGUUCCUGGCUGUCCACCUCUGCGACCGCGCUGAGGUCCGCCACGUGCUGCGGCUGCGCGACGCCCCCGACGCGGCAGGCUGCCUGGAGCUGGAGGAGUGGCACCGGGAGGUGUCCAGGCCGCUGGGCUUCUGCCGGCGGUCGCCGGAAAGGAGAGCAUGGUGCCGCUCGCACGCCGCCGUGCCCCGCCCUGCGCUGGAUAGUGCUGGCGGCGAAGGGCCCGCGCCGGCGGAGCCCGCGGCGGCGGCCGCCGACGACCCGCCGGGGGGUCCAGAGCCAGAGUACGAGGGCGACGACGAGGACAAGGGCCCCUUCAUUCCUGCCCUGAUCGACACCCUCGCGGAGCGGCCAGGGCUAGGCCCACCAGACAGGCCGCCUGACACCGCGCGCCUCGAGCAGGGGGUCCCGGGAGCCGCAUGCGAGGGCAGGGCCAGCACCGCCUUCCAGGGCUAG